AUGGCAGGCGGCCGGAGAGGAUUAAUAGCUCCUCAGAAUACUUUUCUAGAGAAUAUUGUCAGACGAUCGAACGACACAAACUUCGUCUUGGGCAAUGCUCAGAUUGUGGAUUGGCCCAUCGUCUACAGCAACGAUGGCUUCUGCAAGCUGUCUGGCUACCACCGGGCUGAGGUCAUGCAGAAGAGCAGCACCUGCAGUUUUAUGUACGGAGAGCUCACGGACAAGGACACGACGGAAAAAGUGCGGAUGACGUUUGAGAACUACGAGAUGAAUUCGUUUGAAAUACUGAUGUAUAAAAAGAACCGAAUGCCGGUGUGGUUCUUCAUGCGAAUAGCUCCUAUACGAAAUGAACAAGAGAAAGUGGUGCUCUUCCUGUGCACCUUCAGUGACAUCACAGCAUUCAAACAGCCUAUAGAGGACGACUCCGUGAAAGGCUGGGGCAAGUUUGCACGUCUGACCCGAGCGCUGACCAGCAGUAGAGGAGUGCUGCAGCAGCUACAGCCCACCGUGCACAAGGGAGAGAAUGUCCACAAGCACUCCCGACUGGCCGAGGUACAUACACUGUGUGUGCUGCAGCUGGGCUCAGACAUCCUCCCCCAGUACAAGCAAGAGACGCCCAAGACCCCUCCCCACAUCAUCCUGCACUACUGUGCCUUCAAGACCACCUGGGACUGGGUCAUCCUCAUCCUCACCUUCUACACAGCCAUCAUGGUGCCCUACAACGUGUCCUUCAAGACCAAGCAGAACAACGUGACGUGGCUGGUGGUGGACAGCAUCGUGGACGUGAUCUUCCUGGUGGACAUCGUGCUCAACUUCCACACCACCUUCGUGGGGCCGGCGGGCGAGGUCAUCUCCGACCCCAAGCUCAUCCGCAUGAACUACCUGAAGACCUGGUUCGUCAUCGACCUCCUGUCCUGCUUGCCGUACGAUGUCAUCAACGCCUUCGAGAACGUGGACGAGGGCAUCAGUUCCCUCUUCAGCUCCCUGAAGGUGGUGCGUCUGCUGCGUCUGGGUCGGGUGGCACGUAAGCUGGACCACUACAUCGAGUACGGGGCGGCCGUGCUGGUGCUGCUGGUGUGUGUGUUCGGCCUGGCUGCCCACUGGCUGGCCUGCAUCUGGUACAGCAUCGGAGACUACGAGGUCAUCGACGAGGACCACAACCAGGUGCGUACGGACAGCUGGUUGUACAUGCUUGGCGAGAGCGCGGGCACGCCGUACCGCUUCAACGUGAGUGGCACGGGCAAGUGGGAGGGCGGCCCCACCAAGGACUCAGUCUACAUCACCUCGCUCUACUUCACCAUGACCAGCCUGACCAGUAUCGGCUUCGGAAACAUAGCGCCCACUACUGACGGGGAGAAGAUCUUCGCCGUGGCCAUGAUGAUGAUCGGAUCUCUCCUGUACGCCACCAUCUUCGGUAACGUCACCACCAUCUUCCAGCAGAUGUACGCCAACACCAACCGCUACCACGAGAUGCUGAACAGCGUGCGGGACUUCCUGAAGCUCUACCAGGUGCCCAAGGGCCUGAGCGAGCGCGUCAUGGACUACAUCGCCUCUACCUGGUCCAUGUCGCGAGGCAUAGACACAGAAAAGGUAUCGCAAACUGUGUUGCAGAUCUGUCCUAAGGACAUGCGUGCCGACAUCUGUGUGCACCUGAACAGGAAGGUGUUUAAGGAGCAUCCUGCCUUCCGGCUGGCCAGCGACGGCUGCCUGCGAGCGCUGGCUAUGGAGUUCCAGACCAUCCACUGCGCCCCAGGGGACCUCAUCUACCACGCCGGGGAGAGCGUGGACAGCCUCUGCUUCGUGGUGUCGGGGUCGCUGGAAGUCAUCCAGGACGAUGAGGUGGUGGCCAUCUUGGGUAAAGGUGAUGUGUUUGGGGACGUGUUCUGGAAGGAGGUGACACUGGCGCAGUCGUGUGCGAACGUGCGAGCGCUGACCUACUGUGACCUGCACGUCAUCAAGCGUGACGCCCUCCAGAAGGUUCUGGAAUUCUACACGGCCUUCGCCAACCACUUUUCUCGAAACCUCCUGCUCACCUACAACCUCCGCAAGCGGAUCGUGUUCCGCAAGAUCAGCGACGUGAAGCGCGAGGAGGAGGAGCGGCUGCGGCGCAAGAACGAGGCGCCCCUCAACCUGCCACCCGACCACCCGGUGCGCCGCCUCUUCCAGCGCUUCAGGCAGCAGAAGGAGGCGCGGCUGGCGGCCGAGCGAUUCCCGGACGACCUGGACCUGGAGAAGGGCCACGGGCUGGGCCCUCCUCUUCCUGCCCCGCCGCACACCCUGGGCCUGGGCCUCCACCACAACACCAACACCCUGCAGCACCAGGCCGUGGUCCUCCACGACGUCAUGGGGAGUACCAGUAUAGUCACGGUCACCGAGAGCCCGGCCACGCCCAUACCUUGCAACUCCGCUCCCCCAGCGCCGGGGCCCUCGGACCGGGGCAAGCUGCACGCACCGAGUCUGGGCACGGGGACUGGUGGUGGUGCUGGGCCCUCGAAGCCCGCGGCGCGUGGCUGGGGACGCUUCCGGGACAGUAUUGCUCCGUCGAACUGGUCUAAGGUAUCCAAGGCGGAGUCUAUGGAGACGCUCCCGGAGCGGGGGAAGGGUCUGGCUCCCGAGGAGAGCGGCCUGAAGAAGACCGACUCCUGCGACAGCGGCAUCACCAAGAGCGACCUGCGGCUGGACGAGGGGGAGACCCGUUCCCCCGGUGACCGUAGCCCCACGCCCUCCCCGCUCCUCCCCACGCACCACGUCAUCCCGCCCAUCCCCGAGCACAGCCUGCACACGUCCCUACUGGAGCUGCGGGCCGAACUCAAGGACGAGCUGACGGUUCUCAGCUCCCGCAUGCUGGCGCUGGAGAGCCAGGUGGCGGAGGUGCUCAGGCUCCUCAGGCACAGGAAGUGCCAGAGCCCCACGCCCCCUUCUCCACAGCCGCUGUUCAGGAUCUCCAGACCCACCACGCCCGACUCGGACAAGGAGGACAUUUUCAGCUGA